CCUCCUCCUCCUCCUCCUCCUCCUGUACUACACAUAAACACAUAAAGACUCUCCAUACUCAGCUCACUCUCACAUCUACAACCUCCACCAGCGGUUCUGCUCCUCUCUCCCGUGUGAUUCAUCAAAUUAGCCAUCAUGGUUUCCCAUAAGGAGUUUGUGGGUGCAGGAAAGCAGCCGGGGCUGCAGGUGUGGCGUAUCGAGAACUUGGACCUGAAGCCGGUUCCUAAGGCCCUGCAUGGCAGCUUCUACACCGGGGACGCCUACCUGCUGCUCUUCACCACCUCAGCCCCUUCAUACAACAUACACAUGUGGCUGGGGGACGAGUGUUCACAGGAUGAGAGUGGAGCGGCGGCCAUCUUUGCCACACAGCUGGAUGACUUCCUGGGUGGUGGGCCAGUGCAGUACAGGGAGCUGCAGAACUCCGAAUCCAACACCUUUCUGGGAUACUUCAAGUCAGGAAUCAAGUACCAGAAAGGAGGUGUGGCCUCAGGUUUUCAGCAUGUAGUGACCAAUGACAUGAACGUGAAGCGCCUGCUGCAUAUCAAGGGUCGGAGGGCCAUCAGAGCAACAGAGGUGGAGAUGUCUUGGUCCAGCUUCAACAAGGGAGACUGCUUCAUUGUUGACCUGGGCCCGGAAGUCUAUCAGUGGUGUGGCAGUGAGUGCAACCGUUUUGAGAGGUUGAAGGCCGCUGGGGUCACCAUUGACAUCAGAGAUAAUGAAAGAAACGGCAGAGCCAAACUUCACGUAGUGGAGGAGGGGGAGGAGCCAGAAGCACUCAUACAGGCUCUGGGGCCCAAAACCGCCAUUGCUCCCAGUACUCCGGAUGAUGAGAAAGUGGACACCUCCAACAGGAUGAAGGGUGCCCUCUACAUGAUCUCCGACGCAUGUGGUCCAAUGAAGGUGACCGCUGUGGCUCCUUCCAGUCCUUUCAAACAGGGCAUGCUGUCUCCUGAGGAGUGCUACAUCCUGGACAACGGGGUGGACAACAAUAUCUUUGUUUGGAAAGGUCCCAAGGCCAACCUGGCAGAGCGUAAAGCAGCCAUGUCAGUAGGUCAGCAGUUCAUCAAAGACAAGGGAUACUCCGCUAAGACACAGAUCCAAGUGCUUCCUGCAGGAGCUGAGACGACUCUGUUUAAGCAGUUCUUCAGCGACUGGAGGGACAAAGAACAGACUACAGGGCCCAGUAAGGCCUACACCAUCGGCCAAAUUGCCAAAGUGAAGCAGGUGCCCUUUGAUGCCUCCACCCUGCACUCCAACAAGGCCAUGGCAGCCCAGCAUGGCAUGGUGGAUGAUGGCAAGGGCAAGGUCCAGAUUUGGCGUGUUGAGAACGGCGAAAAGGUGCCUGUGGAUCCCACCUCCUACGGUCAAUUCUACGGCGGAGACUGUUACCUCAUCCUCUAUAGCUACAAAGUGGGAAGCCGUGAGCAACACCUCAUAUACACCUGGCAGGGGCUGAAGUGCACACAGGACGAGCUGGCAGCCUCUGCGUUCCUCACAGUGCAGCUUGAUGACUCAAUGGGAGGAUCCCCGGUUCAGGUGAGAGUCACUCAGGGCCAGGAGCCUCCACACCUGAUGAGCCUGUUCCAGGGCAAACCCAUGAUCAUCCACAGCGGAGGAACGUCACGCAAAGGUGGACAGUCGCAGGCCAGCAGCACUCGUCUCUUCCACAUCCGGCAGAGCUCUUCCAAGGCCACCCGGGCAGUGGAGGUCAAUGUCACUGCUUCCAGUCUGAACACCAAUGAUGUGUUUGUGCUGAAAUCCCCGAGUGCCCUGUUUGUGUGGCGGGGACUUGGUGCCAGUGAUGUGGAGGUGGAGGCUGCCAAGCAUGUGGUUGGCUUCCUGGGUGGCAAUCCCAGCCAGGUGUCAGAGGGAAAGGAGCCAGCUGAUUUCUGGACUGCUCUUGGUGGCAAGAAAGACUACCAGACCUCCAAGAGUCUGCAGAAGACGGUCCACCCCCCACGUCUGUUUGGCUGCUCCAACAAAACUGGAAGACUUAUUGUUGAAGAAGUCCCAGGGGACUUCACUCAGUCAGACCUGGCCACUGAUGAUGUCAUGCUCCUGGAUACCUGGGAUCAGAUCUUCCUUUGGGUUGGCAAUGAGGCUAAUGCUGAGGAAAAGACGGGAGCUCCCAAAAUAGCAAAAGACUAUGUGGACUCAGACCCUUCUGGUCGCAAAGGACUGGCCAUCACCACCAUCAAACAGGGGGCAGAACCUCCAACUUUCACUGGCUGGUUCCAGGCUUGGGAUCCCGCGAUGUGGGAGACGGAUCCAUUGGACAGAAUCCGUGCCAAAUUCUGAACACAAAGCCCCAGGCUCUUUCUACUGAUUUUUACCUAUCUAGCGCUUCCUAUUUCCAUUUUGUUUAUCUUAACUCCAAUCCCUAAGUGCCAAAACCAAUGUUAUCACUGUUAUCAGGUUGAAUGGCUGCCUCUGUGCCUUGGUCGUGGUGCAGUGCAUGGGACUUCAUAAACAGGAAUGCAUCACAUCAGUAGUGCAAUGACUUCCUGUAGCAACAUUAUCUUUAAUAGAUGGAUGCUGUUUAUUGUUAUGCUGCAUCCAACAGGUUAUCACCUUUGUAUAUUUAUCCAAACCCAUAAUCUGAAUCGGCAAUUGGAAAUAAAAUAGCCAUUUCAGACAUAUGGAGAUAUCUGCUGUUUCUCUCUGAUCUCGUUCACAGCAGUACACUUGUGUUGAGAAGACACCGUCAUGCUUUCCUUUCUUCCUGUCUUCACUGUCUUUUUUUCAUAAUAAAGUAGUAUGUAAGAAAUAAACAGUUUACAUCAUUGCUACA